AUGGGUCUAUGUCUAUCUUGCUUGAGCGGUGGUGGUAAUGAUGACGAGUACGAUGAAACAGCAUCACUACUAAGGAGAAACCAACAAGGGGGGUACGACCUGUUACAAGAAGAGGAAAUAUUAAAACAAGAACAAAGGCAACAAGAGUUGAAUAACAUAGUCAAUGACUUAUCGGAAAACUUAAUUGAUGUCACUUCGUUUUUGAACAAGGGUAGUAUGUCUGGAGUGCAAUCGCAAUCGCAGUCACAGUCACAACUACUCCCACCACAAUUCAGCAAUGGCGAUGGCAACAGAUCCGGAGGCCACGCAGGGACGAAUGGUGAGGGUGGUACAAGAACAUUCCCCUAUGUUUACAGCCAGAGUGAUAAAGAAAAAGUGUUGGAGAAAGCACUGAAGCUUCCAGACAGUGUACGGCAAGGGUGUGAAAUAUCCACUCAAGAGCCCUUGUAUUUGAAGUUCUAG